AUGCCUACAACUCUUAUAACCGGAUCUUCUGGCUUUGUUGGAUCAACAGUGUUGGCCCAGUUGCUCCAACAUGGACACCGUGUUAUUGCAACUGUUCGCUCCCAACGUUCAGCCGAUGGGAUGUUGUCCGCUCAUCCCGAAUGGAAGGAUGUCUUAAUAUUUUCCGUCGUGCCUGACUUCACAAAACCUGGGGCUUUCGACACCGUUUUCAAGGAGUACCCUGAAAUUGACUAUGUGAUUCAUGUGGCGGCACCUUUACUCGAUGAUCCUGCAAACACCGACUUUGUCGAACAUUUUGAAAAGCCAUCUGUUCUUGGAAAUUCGGGUCUGCUAACUUCGGCACAUACGCUCGGAAAGAAUGUCAAAGCUAUUGCCAUAACAGGCAGUCUCAAUGCCAUUACAACAGGCGCGGCAGAAGACGUCAGCAGCCGUGUUCUUGGAAAUGAUCAAUGGCUACCCCUGGAUAGGGAGGAUGCAAUCAAGCUUCAAAACAGCUUUAUUUCUUACUGUGUCGGGAAAAAAGUUGCUGAGAAGACAGUGUGGAAAUUCGUCGAAGAAAAAAAGCCAUCCUUUACUGUAACGAACUUUAUGCCGCCUCUCAUCUUCGGACCAAUGGUUCAAAAGGUUUCCAGUCUCGACAGGCUCAAUUUCAGCACCAACCAAAUCUACUCCAUCAUGAACAGCGCAAAGGACAAUGGCAAAGUCCCUGCAACAGUCUUCCCAGGAUCUAUUGAUGUCCGCGACCUUGCUGAAAUGCACAUUGCGGCACUCACAAACCCAGCUGCUGCCAAUAAGCGCUUUGUUGUUGGACAACCAAUGUCUUUCGACGAGAUAGCUGACCACCUUCGCAAGAUUCCUGAAUUGAAGGAGCGCGUGGGAGAAAACAGUGGGAUUGUUGGCCCAGUGCCACGAUUUGGCGUUGAUGAAGCCAUUGAAGUAUUCGGAGACUUGGGUCGGGGGCGGCCCAAGGGGGAAACAUUCACAGAUACAGCUAAGCAACUUCUUGAGCUUGAACGGGCUAUGAAAAAGUGA